ACAGACAUUUGCCUAUAAUUUAUGACUACUAUUGAGGGAAUUUCUGCAAGGGGCACUCCAAUCAAAAAGGUUUGAAAACCCCCAUGCUACCCACUGUUCCUGAAAGCGCUUGAUGUCACAUGCGUAACUUCCGGCUCUUUAACAUAAAUUGUACGGAAAGCAAGCGAAAAAAGAGAAGGUACCCGGAGAGGAAUCAAACUAAGGACGCGAAAGGGGACACACACUGUGACAGGCAGUUCUCUCUUCAGAUCACCAGACCUCCCAAGAAACCUCUGCAAGAUACAUUAUGGCUAGCGCUCAACAUGAUAGCGAUAUUGAAUCGGACAACUGUGUGGACAUGUCGGCCAUGAAGAUGCGAUUGCGGUCCUUCUCAAAUUUCCCCUGCAUCGACGUGGUGUCCCCUCAGAGGUUAGCCCGGGCAGGAUUCUAUUUCACUGGUGAGGCUGACAAGGUGCAGUGCUUCAGCUGCAAUCAGACGGUGGAGAACUGGCGCAGAGGGGAUGCCCCUGUGCAGAGACACCAUCGGGUGUCCCCCAAUUGCAAGUACCUCUGCUGCACACAUCUGCUCCCUUCCCAGCAUGCUGCUCUCAGUGAAUUCCCGAGGCCAAGCCCUGAUGACAGCCCCGAUCCUUCGGCCAAUGGCUCUUAUGAUGAAGAAGCAGAAGAUCUGGAAUACCGCCUGAGAACGGGAGAGAUCGUGGACAACUCCACCUACCCAAGGACCCCUCACAUGUGCAGGGAAGAUGACCGCUUGAAGACAUUUGAGAAAUGGCCUUCGUCAGUCCCUGUGAGGCCGAGACAGCUGGCUCAGGCUGGUCUGUACUACCUCGAUGUACAGGACCGAGUACAAUGUUUCUGCUGUGGAGGAGUAUUGGGAGGCUGGGAACCUCAAGACGAACCUUGGAAGGAACACGAGAGGCACUUUCCGAAUUGUUUCUUCAUCCUCGGUCAUGAUGUUGGCAACAUACCUUCUGAGCUGCCUCCUGAAAGUGCUAACCAUUCGCAUACAUACAUGGAGUCCUUUGAGGAUCGUCUCCGAAGUUUUGCUAGUGUGCCUCAUCCCAUUGACCCUGAGAGGCUUGCCCGAGCAGGAUUUUAUACUGAAGGUGUUCAGGACCGUGUGAUAUGUUUCAAGUGUGGAGGAGGCUUAAAAGACUGGCAGUCGGAUGAGGAGCCCUGGGAAGAACAUGCCAAGUAUUACCCUGGAUGUAGCUUUGUGCUUAUGGAGAAAGGCCAGCAGUUUGUGAACAGCAUGCAGUUGCGAGACCACAGAAGAAAUUUUCCUGAUGAAGAUGAUGAAAACAGUUUAUCUGUAUCUGAACAAGAGUCUGAUGUUAUGCUCUCUGAGGUGGCCCAAAGAGCUUUAGAAAUGGGCUUGGAUGAGACCCAGGUGAAAACAAAAAUCUUGGAGAAAAUCCGUACAACUGGAGAAGGGUACAAAUCUGUGCAGCUUCUGGUUGAAGACCUUCUGAAUGAAGACGUGGAAAGUGAUUCUGAAGAGACGCCUGAAAAUGAUGAAGACCCCAUGGAGAAACUCCGAAAGCUGCAGAGAGAGAAGCAGUGUAAAGUCUGCAUGGACAGAGACAUUGCCAUAGUCUUCAUCCCCUGUGGCCACCUGGUGACCUGCAAGAGGUGCUCCGACUCCCUCAGUAAAUGCCCCAUAUGCUGUGCAGCUAUAGUACAGAAAGUCAAAACCUACAUUUCGUAAUUUUCAUUAAAACAAGAUUUAUUUUAUAACAAAUGGAUUAUAAUGACCCAAGUGAUCCUUGCAAUCCUGAGCAAGAUUGUUUUGAAGUGAUAUUAUAUUCUUUUUGAAUCCCUUUGUGGAGUAGAUCUGAAUUUGGUCAGACUCAAAAACUUUUUGUUUGAACAAGGGUGGCAGUGGAUAGGGCCUUGUGUUUUGACUUUUUGAAUGGUAAGUCAGUCAUUUAUAAGCUGAUUUUAACAAUUUAAAAUAUAACUAUUUUUAAAACAUAAAAGGAGGAAAUAUAUAGAUUAUUUAUAUUAUGUUUUCCAGGUUUUUUAAUCUGUUAUUUUAACUUUUCGUAUCAUAAAGAACAGAUACUUCUGAUUUAUAUUUUUACUAGUGGGUUAUUGGGAUUAAUUUCCAUAUAGCACUUUAGUGUUGGAAUUUGUGUGUGUAAAUAUAUAAAGAACAUUAAUGAUUAUAUAUAAAUUUAUUAAAGGAAGAACAAUACAAUGUAUAUUUUGUUUUUAAGAAAUUCAAAAGAAAUAAAAUUUCAAUGAGGUCUAUAUCAAAUGUAGCUUUAAGCCAACAGUUGAAACUACAGACAUAAUUUUGUAGCUCUUUGUUAAAUUUGAGCAUUUUAAAAUAGUAAUAAUGUGAUAAACGUUUUAAAAAAGCCUUUAAAUCUUUUGGUGUAAUUUACAUGCAUACAAAUAUAACCGUACUCUUCAUCUACAGUGUAUAUACAAUAUAAAAUAAUGGUGUUGAAUAGGUUGCACAUACUCUUGAUUAAAUAAGAUGGCAGUUUGCCUUGGUACAGGAGAGAAUAAUGUUACUUAAUUGUACGCCAUGUCUGAAAUGAUGAUGAUGAUGAUGAUGAUGAUGCUGCCUCUAAGGUGAUCUAUAAAUCAGAAUUUGUUUUCAAACCAUUUUUGUAGUAACAUGAAUCCAACUACAUUUUGAUUUUCCAAAACUGACCAUCAUUGACCUAUAGAGAACACUAAACAGAGUUUAAUUCCAAGUAGAAAAACACUUUUUUUUGUGUGUAUAAAUUUGUUGUUUUUCAUUUGCAUAAAAGUACACCUUUUAAACAGGAUAGAAGGUAGGUGGGUGUGCUGUAACCGGGAGGUUUCAUGAGGAGAAUUAGAUGUGUGCCUGGAAUAUACACCUUACUGUGCAUUUGUACUGUACACCUUUAAAGAUGAACAAUUUAUUGUGUUAAAUAUUAAAAUAUGGGGGCUUUUAUUUGUCAUUUUGAAGAAUAAAUACUUCUGAACUAC